AUGAUGGCAUAAUCAAUUGUAAAAAAGAAUACGGAGAGAUAAAAUUUGAUCGAUCUGAAUAAGGAUAAAUAUGUUAACUCUCCGUACAAGAAUAAACUAUUGAAAACAAGACCACCAAUCAUAUAUUCUAAAGAUAAUAAUGAGCAUUUGUUUAUGCUCUCAGAAGGAGAAAGAAAGGUAAAGGCUUUCACUACAAGUCAUUACAAAGUAUAUGGGGGCAAAAAUAGGACUUUAGGCACUAAUCAAAAGAUCAGAUAAAACAGCACUUAACUAGAUGAGUUCAGUUUUGAUGGAUAUAAAGAUGUUGAUGAACUUAAAGAAAUUGAAAUUAAAUAAAGACUCUAUUAGCAAUCUACUGUAUCUCAGCAUAAUCAGUACAUGGAAUCUCCAAAUAUCAAGGAUCAACGUCUUUUCAAUCAAGAAUAGAUAGAAAAAGAUGAAAAAAGAUUACUCAGAAAUGCACUAUUACUAAGAAAGAAACAUUAAGCAAAUAAUGGAUAGAUAUCAGGAUCUUAAUCACUAAUGCCUGGAGCUUCAUCACAUAUGCAUUAGCUCAGUUUUGAUAUUACUUAAUAAUCCAAUAAUAUUACUUCAGGGAGUGUUUUUGGAAUGUAAAAAGAUAGCAUUAUUAGAUAGCUAGAUGGGAGUUCAAUUAGAAAUCAAGGCAGUUAAAUGAGUAAUGAUAAUCUUUCUUACAGUCAAAGGCCUGCAAUUAAGAGGUAAAGAUUUAGCGUUGUUACAAUGGUGGAUAACUCUGAUAAGAAAGAACUAGAGCAUAAAUUGCAUCACUUAAAACAACAAACGCUCAAGAAAAUGGAGACAUUCAAUUUAAGACCUCCUUAGAAAUGGGUGAAUGAAAAACUGAAUCAGAGUUCUUUGACUACCACUCAUAGUAAAUAAUUAAAUCUAAAGGAAGUAUUGAAUAAAAGAUCAUAGACACCUCUCUAAAACAAUUUAAUGAUGAUUGAUAGAGCUUAAACACAAUAAAAGCCUAUGACUGCUGGAAGUAAUACUUUGAAUAACACUCAUUCAAAUCUUAUAUCAAGCAAAGGUAUAAACAUGUUUCAAAAUAGACUUUAAUAUGAUUCUCCAAUCAAAGUUAAUUUAAAGAGAAUAAUCAUCAAUGCUUACAAAAUCUUAAACAAAUAGACAUAGGAAUACUACUUUGGUUACAAGCUAGUAGUAAUUAAGAUAAAAUGA